UGUUGCUAAGAGUGUCUUUCUUGUGAGUUUUGGGAUGUAUAAUUCGAUUUGUUUGUUGUUACGUUGUUCUGGUUUGAAAACUAUUAUUAACACUUCUUCUCUUUUAGAUAUUGUGAAGGUCAUCAUUAGUGCUAUCAUUAAUGAAAACACAGUUAGUGAAAUCGCUUUAUUGAAGUAG